GGGGCGGGGCCGGGCCGGGCUGUGCCGUGCCGGGGCGGGGCCGGGCCGGGCGGGCCGUGGCGCGGUCCCGCCCCGCGGGUUUAAGCGGCGGCGGCGGCGGCGGGCGCGGGUCCCGCGGCGGCGAUGGCGCUGCGCUGCCUCCUGCUGCUGCUCUGCGGAGCCGCGCUGGGACCCGCCGUCCACCUCGACUUCGCCGAGCACCGCAGCCAGGCCGCCAAGAUCAAGGUCAACCCCCGCGGCAACCUCUGGGCCACAGGUCACUUCAUGGGGAAGAAGAGCGUCACAGGCUCCCCACACCUGGAGACUGCGGAGGAGCCUGCAGUGCCAGUGGUCUUUGGUCCCUCUCUCCGAGCCCUGCUGGAGGACAUGAUGGAACUGCUGACCCGCGAGCUCCUGAAAAUCCUCUUGCAAGAAAGGCUACUGGAUGAGAACCAAGGGAAAUAUGACCUCACUGGCCAGGAGAAGGGCUCCUAACGAAGGUGCUGGAGAAGUACUUUUCAAGCUGAAGAGGUGCACCUGGGGAGGAUGAGGUCUGCAGGGUCGGCUGUGCGUGGUGAACAGAGGAGAGCCUUGUCCUUGUGCGUUUCUAUAGCGACAUCACUUUUAUUUAUUCUUUCUGAAAUAUUGUCCAUAGUGAUGGUGUGUGUGAAAAUGGGGCCUCCCUGUAUAGUUCCUGUAUGUUUUGUGUUUCCUUGAUGUCUGAUGUGUGAAUAAAGCUGGUUCUUUGCCCAGAC